AUGGGUAACUUGAGGAAAGACUUUUUGGAAACAUUCAAGUACUGUUUGGAUUAUCAGAACCUUGGUUAUCCGAAACUUCAGUCUCUGAUACAGAUUAUGCCUGAAGCAAGGAUUGAAUCAGGAUUCAUUGUUCCUUCGUCAACGCCGGUUCCUUAUCAAUCUGACUCAUCGCUCGGAGAACUUGGUCCAGAGCCAUCUGUUUCAGAGUAUGAAAACUCUGACUCUGAGGAGGCCAAAGAAGCUUCUCUAGCUCUAAAACAGAACGGUGGCGAGAGGAAGAAGAAAAAGGACUUGGAGAGCGAUUUGCUUCAACUUAUGGGUUCUUGGGACAAUGAUGAAGAUGUUGAGAAGAGUUAUGCUUUUGGUGAAGAUAAGCUUGUUGAUGGAGUUUUGAAAAGCUUGAGGAAGAAUCCAUCAGCUGAGUCUAGAAUUCAAGGAUGA